AUCCAUCUUAACUCUACCUAUCUCGGUAUUACAACUGACAUGAUCAUGGCCGCCUCUAGAAAACAAUGUUCUUGUGCUGAGGAGGCAGCAGAAGCUUGGAAGCAUGUUGGCCGUAUGACCGAGAUCGGCCUCGAUAUUAUCAUAAUGGCUAGCUCACAAACAGUCGACUUUUCACUACAGUGGCAAGAAUGCCAAUCUCGCAAUUGUCCCUCCGCCUCAGAAGUUCAAGACACAUUAUUGGAAAUAUACACGAAGCUAGUCGAUCUACUUCAAGCAGCCAUUGUUACAUAUAGGGUCACCCCAGGCUCGAAUUUCGCCGAACACGGAGCCCAGGACUCAUCCCUAUACCAUCACACAUCUACUUCAACUAUGCAAAUGUUCGGUUACCCAAGUAUGGGUGCACAAACAUUACCGGACCUUGGGGUCAUAUGUCUACCCUCAAAGAUGUCUCUGGGUGAACAUGAGUUGGACGAGCAGCAGAGCAGCUAUCUAGCUCUAGAUCUUGUUUGCAGAACGCUAGAGAAUCUAGGAGGAAUAAUGCAACAAAUGGGGCGCCGGGAAGCAGAAGAAGUCGGCCGCGUGGAUUCUAGGGUACUGGAAAGACUGUCGCGAGUGAGCAGACUAAUGCGCACUGGGUCGCAGGCGCUUCAAUCAUUAUCAUGAAAUUAUAUCGAAACAUGUUAAUACUGUAUCUAAUUCAUUUUAAUCAUCAUUGUUAGCUCCAGACUUCACCCCUAC